UGAGCACAGCGCAGAAUGUGUGCUUGGGAUGCAACCAGUAGUUUAGAGGGACUGCUGUGAAGUAGUUGCGCAUCACUGACGGAUUCCAGCGCACUGAAAACCGCUGAAAGUCACGUUUUUUUUCCUUUCAAAGAACUAAAUGGCUCGGACUUACAACCGAUACAACAUAUGUAGAUGAGUGAUUCGAUAUUCUAAGCGUUUGGGAAAUGCAAACGAUUGCCCGGCUGUAAAUUCAGACGCUAAACGCUCAAGCAGCCAUGCAUUUGUGCAGCUCUGUGGGCUCUUUGCUCCUCCUCCUUUUCAUCAGCAGGAGCAUGGAUGGCUCUGUCGCCAGCACAGAAGAGAUCUUGCCUCCCACCAUUCAGAAACUGAUGAAGGGAUACAACAAGUACCUUAGGCCAUUCUUUGGCAAUGGGCCUGUUACUAUAGGAAUGAGUCUGGAUAUCGCCAGCAUAGACACCAUAUCAGAAAUCAACAUGGAUUACACAGCCACCAUCUUUCUUCGUCAGCGCUGGACAGAUGAACGCUUGUGUUUUGAUGGCAAUAAGAGCUUGAGUCUGGAUGGGAGACUGGUAGAGCUCCUUUGGGUCCCUGAUACGUUCAUUGUGGAUUCCAAGAAAUCUUUCCUGCAUGACAUCACUGUCGAAAACAGACUGAUCCGGAUAUUCCCCAACGGAACUGUGCUGUAUGCCCUGAGAAUUACUACAACUGUGGCCUGCAGUAUGGAUCUAACCAAAUAUCCCAUGGACAGACAGACAUGCACCCUUCAACUUGAAAGCUGGGGAUAUAAUGUGAAAGAUGUGGUUUUCCAUUGGACACGGGGAAACCAGUCAGUUAGCGGUCUUGAUGAUUUACAGCUGGCUCAGUACACCCUUGAGGAUCACUACACCUCUGAAUCUGAAGCCGUUUAUGAGACUGGUAAUUACCCAAAGUUGAUCUUCCACUUCAAACUCAAGCGGAGCAUCUUAUAUUUCAUUCUGGAGACGUACGUUCCUUCCAGUGCUCUGGUGGUCCUGUCAUGGGUCUCAUUCUGGAUCAGUCAAUCUUCAGUACCUGCUCGCAUUUGCAUAGGAGUGACCACAGUUUUAACUAUGACCACCCUUAUGAUGGGAGCCCGCACCUCUCUACCCAAUGCCAACUGCUUCAUCAAAGCCAUCGAUGUGUAUCUGGGCAUCUGCUUCAGCUUCAUCUUUGGCGCUCUGAUUGAGUAUGCAGUCGCUCAUUUCUGCACAUUACACCAGCCAAACGCUGCCAAUGCAUAUAUGUAUGGGCAGGAAAUGCAGGAGCGUGAGAAUGAGAUGAAUGGCAUCGUCACUUCCAUCGGCAGCCAUGCUUUGCGGGCCCGUAAACGGGAGGAGAUGCUGUCCCGGAUGGGCAGCACUAGCAACCCCACCCCCAGUGAAAGUAAGGAGGACAUCAACUCCUCGCAGCCACAAACCCGCUGCACCAAGUUCAUGUCGACAGCUCGCCAAAUCGUGCGCUGUCUGAACUGCUGCAAAGUGGAAAACCCGCACUACAUCGACAACUACUCAAGGCUGACCUUCCCCCUGUCCUUCAUCGUCAUCAACCUCCUCUACUGGACAUACUACUUGUACUUCUAAAGCUCCUGUUGUCUGUGUGUGUGUUGAGGGUAAAUAGUGAUGUAUGUGUGUCCCUUUCUGUGUCACAGUUUACCUAAGGGUUUUUACUCUAACAUGUCAGCAUGCAUUUCAGUUCAACUUGAGUAUGACUGACUGUGUUCAUGUCACCCAUCAUUCCUUGAGGUACGCAGGAUCUGAGUGAGUGUGGACUAAACAAAUAUAUGCAGAUUUGUACCAUGUCUACAUCUCUGUGUCAGAAAUAUGUGGCCUUCAUUUUCCGAUGGAGCUUUAGAUUCACUCAAAUCCACAACAAAAUCGGCCUAGCUGUAAAUUGCGAUAUCUGUACAACAAUUUAAAAUUGACAUGAAUGUAAGUCUAAUUACUUGUCUUUUAGCACAAAAAAAGCAUGAUUUAUAAAUCACUGUUGACAGAAGAAUUAAUUGAACUUCAGAAUCGUUUCAGCAUGUUUGACAGCUAUAGUAAUAAUAACUGAACCAAAGACUUAAUGUGUAUCUAAUGUUCAUAAUUACAAUCUGAAUUCAUAUGAGCACAAGUUAUGCAUUGUCUUUGGGGCAUCUACUGUAUGUAUUUGCAAAUUCAGCAGUCAUAUGUCUUGUUAUCAGCUGCCAAACAAAUAUCAAGCUGGUUUGACUCAUUUUCUCCUGGUGUUUUAUCUGUGUGAGUUGUAUGGGAAUAUUCUCUUAGGGAUAGAAGUCUGAUUAUGAAUGGUUUGUAUUAUUUGCAUGAUCAUUUAUUUAUUAUGCUGUAUAUUGCUGUAUGUAUUUAUUUCUUGUUAUUGAAAUGCUUUUAUCUGAUCUAAAGGUCUUUGACCAAGUUAAAGUUGGGCCAUUAAAGGAAUAGGUGACCCAAAAAUGAAAAUAUGUAGAAAUUUUUCUCAUCCCCAGGUGAAAUAAGAUGUACAUGAGUUUGUUUCUUCACUGGACAGAUUUGGAGAAAUUUGGCAUCACAUUGCUUGCAUCCUCUGCAGUGAAUGGGUGCCAUCAGAAUGAGAGUUCAAACAGCUGCUAAAUUUCAGAUGAAGAAACUAUCCACAUCUUGGAUGCCCUGAGGGUGAGUCAUUUUCAUUUUUGGGAAACUAUUCCUUUAAGAACUGCACUACAGUAUUUUUGAUAGCAGAAUAUUUUUGUGAAAAUGCCAAAACUGAAACAGUGAUGUGUAAAUUUGCUAAUGGCAUAUUCAACUCUGUCAUUUACAAGACUUGGCAGAUUUUUAUGCAUUGUUAAUGUCAAUUGUUCUUAUUUGCAUAUAGUUUGCAGCAUACAUUUUUUUCCCACUGUCAAUAUGAUUUGUUAUCAAUAUGUCAUAAAAAAAAAUGCCGGUUUGUAUGACCUUUUUCACGGACAUGUUAUUCACCUGACCUUUGUAGGUAAAUCUUUUCUUUUACUGUGAAUGUCAUACUUCUUACAGGUGAAUAUAUCUUGUGCUCAAGCUGUACAAAUAUUUUAUGUUCUCCUUUUGCACUGAGAUUUUGAAUUACAAUGGCAAUAUUACUUCGCCAAGAAGCAUUUUGUUUUUGUAUAUACUGACGGAAUAUUGCAAAUGACAUUGACCAAAUAAUAUUUAUUAUUAAUACUGUUAUUUUAAUAAUGCAUGAAAGUUGCAUACCAUAGUUAGAGAGACAACAAGCCAUGUUGCUAUGUUUUCCAUGCAUGAGGAGUUCUGCAUCUGUUUCCACGAAUAAUAAAAAGGGGUACAAUCCAUAAGACUGGCUUUAAAGUAAUCUGUUUCAAGACAGAACAUAAUAUUUGUAUGAAAAAAAAAAUCAUUUUAUUUGUUCUUCCGUGCAUUUACAUGUACACACUGCUGUCUGGAAACAUUUAUUAACAUUUUGACAAAUGUAACUGCCAGGUUUAUCUGUACUGUACAAAAAAAAUAA